AUGGACGUUUCGAACAACCGCCUAUUUCGGUGGUCAAAGCCGGAAUGGCUCAAUAACUCUGCCAUUCGUAAUGCAGGCGUCUACACGUCUGGUGCCUUGUUUGUCGACUGGAUCCCCGGUAUCUGCUCUGCGCUGGGAAUGCUCGUGAUCAACUCAAUCGAAAAGUCGCGUCUACAAGCCGAUAGCUUUAGCUACAGUGGAAAUGGGGUAGCCUGGAAGGCGCGCUUUGUGCUCUUCCUUGGGUUCGCCCUUCUUGCGGGAGGCCUAGCUGGGAGUGUGACAGUCAUGGUCCUCAAAUACCUCAUCAAACAGUAUCCGCUGCAGACGCUCUACUUUGGAAUUGCCAAUGUCGUUGCUAACGGUCUUGUCAUGCUGAGUUCUGUUGUGCUUUGGAUAUCUCAAAACAUAGAAGAUGAUUUCACCUACAACCUUGCGUUGUAA